AUGGUCCGAAUCAACGCGUUCGCUGUGGAACAAUGGAUGGACCUCUACGAAACCAGUGCAAAGCACAAUCUCGCCGAAACAUGCUGCGCGUCCAUCUCCCUCAAUGACCUUCUUGCCCUAUCCCCGAAAAAGGAUCUGGUAGACUACACGCAGAAGCAAGUCUACGGUGCGAUCCGGGGAUCAGAGGUGCUGAGGAAAAACAUCGCGAACUUGUACCUGCAACCUGAGUGUACCCAGGCCAGCCCCGUAUCUGCUGAUCGAGUUCUCGUCACAAACGGUGCGAUCCAGGCUAAUUUCUUGGCUCUCUAUACUCAUAUUGGGCCGGAGGAUCAUGUUAUUUGUCAGUAUCCGACGUAUCAGCAAUUAUACUCUGUUCCCGAGUCUUUUGGGGCGAAGGUCAGUCUGUGGCGGUCGGAUGAGGGUAAUGGGUGGGGGAUGGAUUUGGAGGAGUUGAGGUCUUUGAUUAGACCGAACACGAGGAUGAUUAUUUUGAACAACCCCCAGAACCCCACUGGGGCGAUUCUUCGUCGUGAGGAAUUGCAGGGGAUUGUUGAUAUCGCCCGUGAACAUAGUAUCUUGAUUCAUUCUGAUGAGGUUUAUCGACCUCUAUUCCAUUCUCUUGACUUUGAUCAAGAGGUGCCCCCGUCAAUCCUUGAAUUCGGAUAUAAGAACGUCAUUGCAACGGGCUCCAUGUCCAAGGCUUUCAGCUUGGCUGGGAUCCGAUUGGGUUGGAUUGCUUCGCCGAACUCUGAUAUUAUCGAAGCCUGUGCCUCUGCUCGUGAUUACACUCUCAUCUCAGUUGGUCAAAUCGACGAUAGUGUUGCAGCUCAUGCCUUGUCCCGACCAUGCGUGGAAAACUUGUUGCAGCGUAAUCUUCGCCUGUCUCGGCAGAAUAUAGAUGUCCUUGAGGCAUUUAUUGAAGAGUAUAACUGGGCUAUGAAGUGGACAAAGCCAAAGGCCGGGACGACCGCGUUCAUCAAAUUUGUUGACAGGGAAGGAAGGGCAAUUGACGAUGUCGUGUUCUGCCAGCGACUACAGGAAAUGACCGGGGUGAUGCUGGUUCCUGGAAGCCAGUGCUUUGGUGGUGGUGUAGACUUCCGCGGAUAUGUGAGACUGGGCUAUGUCCAGGAACACCAGGUGAUAGUUGAUGGAUUGGAAACUCUGAGACAGUUCAUGCGUGAUGAGUACGAGAAGCUGCCGCUGGCUUAG